AUGGCCGCGGCUCAGAGCACGGACGACGGGGCCCGUUACCGCGAGCACGCCUUCGUCUGGGCUGCCCUCGAGGGCGACGGCGAGAAGGUCCGACCGGGAGACGUGCGGCUGAUCAGUCUGAACUGGCUCAUUGCGCUGGCAGAGCGGGGCGGCGUGCUCCCGCGGCGGCAGGACCUGCCAGAGGAGGCCUUCUUAAGCUCUGCUCAGCUGAGGCGGAUCGAGCAAGGCGCCAGGCGCGGCUUCAACUCCGUCGGACAUGAGGAGGCCAUUGAGCGAUUCAUCAAGGAGCCCUCCCUCUCGUCCUUGCUCGGCUGGCUCGCGAGCUUUUUCGGCCGCAAGCGCAACCCCGACGGGCUGCUCCCGAUCAUCUCCGUCUCCUACUGCUGGCUCGAAGCCGCGCAUCCAGAUCGGGAGGGCCGCCAGCUCCAGCUGCUCUCCCGCAAGCAGCGGGGCCUCUACGGCGGGCGCGGCCUGCUCGGCGCGUGCCGCGACUACGGCUUCUCGGACAUGGGCGUGUUCCUCGACUGGUCCUCGGGCUACCAGAGGGAUCCGGCGCUAUUUGCCGAGCGGCGCGCGUAUGAGGCGAGCCGGUCGGGCGAAGAGAAGGCCGCCUUCGGUCGCAUGCUGGAAAACACGAUGGACCUCUGGUACGCGCACGCCUCGGUUACUGUCGUGCUGCUCACGCAGCUGCCCGACGAGCUGCCCGCCGGCUUUGACCGGAGCCGGACCUACGACACUCGCGGCUGGACGACAUUCGAGCGCUGCUCGGCAGAGCUGGGCGCAAAGCCCUCCUCGCUGGGCUUUGCCAAGUGGAAGCUCGUCAUCGACGUCGCCAGCGACGACGGCGGCGCUCAGCGGCGGCUCCCCGCGACUCCGGAGCGCAUGGCGACGCUGCUCGCCACUUGCCGCUUCACCAACGGCGCCGACUCGACGACCGUGCUCGCGCUCUACGAAAAGACGGCGAAGGCAGUGCUGGGAACGGUCGAGAAGCUCGACUACACGGGGCUGCCGCUCGUGUGUGGCGACGCGUGGACUAGCCCUGCGCUGCUGGCGGAGGCGCUGAAUCAUUGCGAGAGCCUCCGGACCCUCGUCGUAGCUGGGAAUCGCCUCGACGACGAGGGCGUGGCGGAGCUUGCGGCAGGGCUCGAGGGCGGCGCGCUCCCGGUGCUUGAGGCUCUCUACGUAGCGGCAAACCGCUUCGGCGCGCGCGGCGUCGGCGCGCUCUGCGGCGUGUUCCAUCGCGGCGUGGCGCCGGCGCUGCAGACGCUCGACGUCGCUGCCACGCCUAUUGGCGACGAGGGGGCAGUGGCGCUAGCUGCGGCUCUGUCGACCGGCAAGCCGUCGCAUGGGCUGAGCUUGGCGUUCUGUGACGUGAGCGACGAGGGCGCGAUGGCACUCGCGGCUGCCCUCCCGGCCGCGGGUCAGGGAUGUCGCGUGAACGCCUUUUUCAAUCGGAUCGGCCUCGCGGGCCAGGCGGCACUGCUAGAUGCACUCGAUGCGAAGCACGGGCCGCAGCCGGGGCACGGCAUUGCGGUGCUGCAGGUGAACUUGCUUCCCUGGUCGUGCCCGCUCAUUCGCGCUUGGGGACGAGGCGGGCGCCGUGUGGCCGAGAGCGGCCGACUCACCAUAUAA